AUGUUUAGAUCUCUUAGCUCUCAGCAUCGGCCUCUCGCUCGGCUUGGUGCUUUCCACCAGCAAAAGGCCAAAGUUCUGUUAGCCAGCCGACGUUUGAGUCUGUGGAACCCACCAAAAUUUGAGAAUGAGAAAAUGUUCGACUAUGCCAAGGGCUCUCCAGAACGAGCCCAACUCACAGAAAGCAUCAAGAAGCUCAAAAGCUCAUUCCCUGUCAAGAUUCCCAUUCAAAUCAGCGGCGUCGAGGUCACUAGCAAACAAAUUCUGAAGCAGCAAAACCCAUCAAACCACAAAGAAGUCGUGGCAGAAUACGCAACCGCCACGCCUGAGCAUGUCAACGCAGCUAUAGACGCUGCUCUCAAGGCUAAGCCUGCUUGGGAAGCUCUGCCCUUUGAAGAUCGUGCAGCCAUUUUCCUACGUGCAGCUGAGUUGGUGACUGGUAAAUAUCGCUCUGAUAUCGUCGCUGCAACCAUGCUCGGCAUGGGAAAGAAUAUCUGGCAGGCUGAGAUUGAUGCCCCAGCCGAGACAGCAGACUUCUUCCGUCAUUAUAUCGACGAGGCAUGGAAGCUGUAUGCUCAGCAACCAAAAGUACAGACACCAGGUGUAUGGAACAAGAUGGAGUAUAGACCAUUAGAGGGAUUUGUAUAUGCGGUGUCACCCUUCAACUUCACUGCUCUUGGUGCCACGCUUGUCGGACCAGCUGCCUUACUAGGAAAUGUUGUGGUUUGGAAGCCUUCUGACUCGGCCAUACAUGCCAGUUGGCUUCUAUAUCAGAUCCUUCUUGAAGCCGGUCUUCCAAAAGACGUCAUCCAGUUCUUGCCAGGCGAGCCAAAUGAGGUCACUGAUGCAGUUCUAAAGAGGCCUGAGUUCGGCGCUCUAACCUUCAUCGGCUCAACCAAGGUCUUCAAGGGAUUGCAGAAGAAGAUCGGCAAUGGCAUUGGGGAUGAGAUAUACAACUCGUAUCCCCGUGUUGUCGGAGAGACUGGUGGCAAAAACUGGGGUAUUGUUCAUCCAACUGCAGACGUGAAGAGUGCUGCGCUCAACACUGUUAGAGCUGCAUUUGAGUACCAAGGACAGAAGUGCUCCGCCAACUCCCGUGUCUACGUCGCGGCGUCAGUGUGGCCCGAGUUCAAGAAACACCUUCAGGAGCAGGUAUCUGCUCUCAAGGUCGGGGACGUCGAGAACUACGAGAACUUCAUCAACCCGGUCAUUCACGAGGCCUCGUUUGACAAGCUGAACAAGAUCAUCGAAGAUGCCAAAAAUGAUAAGGACCUGGAACUUGUCGUUGGUGGUAAGGCUUCCAAGGACAAGGGAUACUACGUCUACCCAACAGUCUACCAGACCACCAACCCCCGCCAUGAAAUCAUGACACAAGAGCUUUUCGGUCCUAUCCUCGGCAUCUACGUCUUUCCAGAUAAUGAGUGGGAGGAGACCUUGAAGCUUCUUGACACAACGUCGAGAUAUGCCCUGACAGGUAGCAUCUUCGCGAAAGACCCCUACGUGCUACGCCAUGCUCAGAACGCUUUGAAGCACGCUGCUGGCAUGCUAUAUCUCAACACAAAGUGUACUGGUGCAGUGGUAGCUCAGCAACCGUUUGGCGGCUCUCGUGAUUCGGGUACUAAUGACAAGACUGGGACUAUGGCCCAUUUGCAGAGGUUUGUGAGCACGAGAACGAUAAAGGAAGAGUUUGUGCCGUUGGAGAAAGUUCUAUACCCCUCCAACGAAUGA